GUAGGCGUUGCUCAGACGCUGCCAGACAGAUUCAUUCCACAGUGAGACUUCGUCGCGAUCGCAAGCUUCCGAGAUCGAACCGCCACCGCCACUUCGAGCAUCGGAUCAGGAGCAGCGACCCCUUCCACACCGGGUCACCCACAGCCCGUGACCGCAUUCUCCGGCGGCCCAGCGUCCCAAAAAUUGACUUUGGGUUCUUCUUUAGACGUACCUUGGAAUUCCGUAGAAUCCCUUUGGCGGCCAUAUUUGUUUCUCAUUUCUUCGAUCGACUUUGAUUUGUGUCAACCAGUGUGGGUUCCGUGAAAAAAUACAAAUUAAAAAAAUACAGGAGCGGAAGUGUUUGCCACAGGCUGAGAAUUCAUUUAAUUUCGAAAAGAUUUGAGUUCGAGAUUCAAGAAUAAAAUAACACCAAGUGUAUGGGUGUAUGUGCUUGAGUGUGCGAGCUAUGGACGUGUGUGUGCCUGUGAACCCGAUCGCGAACGCUGCUUGUGUGCGUGCAAGUGCCCCUAUGUGUGCCGCAAGAAAUAUCCGCUUACCUAAGCGAAAAAAUUCUCUCGCAUCGACUGCGGCGGCAGUUUAAGAACCGCACCUGGACACAGAUACAAGUCAACACACAUACAGAGAAUAUACACUCGCAGCCAGACGGCUAAAAAAAAUUCAGAAAAAAAAAUAAAGAAAUACCUGUGCACACGGACGUGGCUGGCACACAAAGCCAAACCAGAAAAUCCACAUUGUUCGGGCUAGUUCGUCUCGUGUUGUCGUUGUCGUAGUCGUUGUCUCGUUCUCUUACUCGGUACCCCCUUCUUGCUUGGUGUCGCGCCCCCUCUACAAUAAAAAAUAUAUAUAAAAACAAGUAACGUUUAAAAAAACAACGUUAAGAUAAGCCCCACAAAAUGGGUGAUUCUACGCCUAUUUGCCGGUGCCGUGUCCUGUACUUGGGCAGCGCCGUGCCCCGCCAGAGCAAGGAUGGUCUCCAGGGCAUCCAGGAGCCGUUGAGGAGCCUUUAUCCCUCCGAGGGGGCUGUGGGCGCCAAGGGCAUCGACAGCUGGCUGAGCGUCUGGUCCAAUGGAAUUCUGCUGGAGAACGUGGACGAGAACCUAAAGCAAAUCACACGCUUCUUUCCCAUCGAAUCACUGCAUUAUUGCGCCGCUGUGCGUCAGGUGCUCAUCCCGGAACGGGGCAAUGCACAUCCGGAGCCAAAGUUCCUUCCGCUGGACUCGCCCUUCGCCCGCAUGCCUCGCGCCCAGCACCCGCCAAUCUUCGCCGCCAUUCUGCGACGCACCACCGGCAUCAAGGUGCUCGAGUGCCACGUCUUCAUCUGCAAACGGGAGGCGGCCGCCAAUGCUCUAGUCAGGUGCUGUUUCCACGCCUACGCCGACAACUCCUAUGCCCGCCAGUUGGAAACGGGCGGAGGAGGCGGUAGCAGUGUCUACGGGACUCUAAAGAGCGCCGCUGGUAGCAAGUCCAACGGCGACCUGACCAGCGUUGGUCUCUCGAACGGAAAUGGAACUGGAAACGGAAGCCACCACCUGGCCCUCUCCGCCCAGGGUGGCUGGAGAUCGCGGGCCGGCAGCACCACAACUCUGAACAGUCUGGGACGCACGUCCAAUGGCCACGCCCCCAACGGAUCCGCACUAGGGCUAAAUGGGGGAAGCACUGGAAGCGCCGCUGAGGGCUAUACGUCCGUAAAAAACUUUUAUGGGAGUAGUGCUGACCUCAACGUAACGGUCGACGAUGGCGAUGCCUCACUGUACAAUGGCGACGAAAACCACAAAGUCUGGAGCGGAUCACAGGACCAACUGGACAGCAUUGGGGCCGUGGAGAGCCCGUAUGAAAUGUUUUCGGGCAACACCUCCACUUUGGGGCGCCCCUUGAGAGCACGUCAAAUUAGCACACCCAUCGAAGUGCCUCCGCCCCCCGUAAAGGAGGAGCGCAAGCAGAAGCGGGACAAGAAGUCCUCAAAGUCCAGCGGCAGCCAAAGUCUGUCAGGCACCCUAAUCCGUCCGAAGCCAAUCCAUCCGGCAGCCAUGCAUCGUGCCGGAAUGCAGGGACCACCAGGACCCGGCAGCAUGAUCUAUGGUCCCGUUAGCGGGCCAGGAUCCCGCUACCAUACGAUCAGUCAUCGCGGCUUCCCGCCAGGCCCUCCGCCGCCUCCCAACCACAUGGGUCACCUCGCGCCGCCCCACCAUCCCCAUCCACAUGCACACAUGAUGCACCAGCACAUGGGCGGCAUGCCUCCCAUGCAGAUCCCCGUCAUGAUGCCGCAGCAGUACGCCACGCUGCAGCCCUCGCGCUCCACCAGCAAGAAGAAGAAGAAGGACAAGAAGAACGGAGUACCAGUGGGCAUGCCCAUAGUGCCGCCCAUCUACGCCUACCACCAGCAGCAGGCCAUGGGCGGAGGACCCCCGCCUCAGAUGGCCCAUUCAAUGAUCGGAGAACCGCGUCCUUUAAGCCACUCCAGCAGGAAGCUGGCGGCCUCCAUGGGUAACGGCCUGGACGACUCCGGCAACUCGGGAGCGGAGUCACCAUCUCCAGGUGGAACGGGAAUAUAUAAGCGCAAGGGUCACCUGAACGAGCGAGCCUUUAGCUACUCCAUUCGGCAGGAGCAUCGCAGCCGGAGCCACGGAUCCCUGGCCAGUUUGCAGUUCAACCCGCCGGACAUGAAGAAAGAGCGCGAGAUCGCCCAGAUGGUAGCCGGUUUGGACCUGAACGACGGCGAACGACCCAUGGGUCCCAAUACCCUGCAGCGCAAACAGGCCGCCAUGCAGAUGGCCAAUGGAGGUGGACCGGGACCAGGACAUGGCCACGGACCAGGACCCGUACCGCAUCCCCAUGCACAUCCUGCGCAUCCACAUGCCAUCUACGGUCCCCUGGGGCCGGCCAGCAGUUUUGGAAAGCCGCGAAGAUAAAAUUCGAUGGGAAUGGGAUUACUAGAUUUUCAAGCUUCCGAGUUAUCCCCAUAGAUAUACACAACGUUUAGCGAUGCUGGUCAAAUUAGAAAAGGGUGGGUCACACGCCAGAGGUCAGACGGCGGAAGGAGCCACCACCAGAUGGAAAAGAUUCAAGCCGGUUUCCCCAGAGUGAAACCAAAACUUUACAUAAAUGAAUAUGUGUGCCUUAUUAGGUUUAUACUAAAAGUAUAUGCGCUCGCUAGUGGUCCAUGAGAUACCAUACAUAAAUCGUUCUAGAACACACUGUAGAAUAUUAUGCUAUAUGCUUAGUCCAAUGGAUGGCGAUCACAAAAAUGUAAAAUACUCCAUGGCAAGAGGAUUGCACACGCAUAUACCGUACGUACAUUUACAUAUAUGCAAUCGAAUAUGUACAAUAAACUAUAUGUAUCUACAAUAAAACUGUUAACAAACAAACGCAAA